AUGGUUGAUGAGGAUGAUCAUAAAUUCCUUGGAGAAGUUCUCGUAUUUGUAAUAGAUCAAAUGCAAGAAAUUGAUGACCAAGAAGCAGCAGCGGCAUUUAAUGAAAAUUUCAUAAAUGAUGAAUUUAUGGAAUCUGCAUCAUCUCUUUUAGAUGAUGAAGAUGAAGAUAUUAGAAUUAUUGCAGAACAUUUCUUUAGGUUAUGCUCAGGUGAGGAAGAGGAAGGGCUAAUGUUCUAA